AUGUCGUUGGAACAUGAUGAUGAAUAUGCUCAGCUGAUGGCCGAGAAGGAUCGGCUCUUGGCUGCUUGCUUUGAAGGUGGCAGCAGCGGAAGUCAAACCGACUCUGCCGUCUCCGGCUUCCUGGCGCUCUUCGCAAACAGGGUUGAGAGCCCCGGGCCCGUGGAUGCCAACAACUCAGUGGAGCUACAGGCCAAACAGCCAGUGGCUAGAGUUGCCACGCCGCGACUGAGAACUGGGAAAGGCUGCGGGCACGCUGCGCCACCGGCAGCGCCACCCGCCGCAGCGCGCCACACCGAGCCACAGUCCGGGCACCCAGCAGAACCUGCUGCGAGCCUCGCCGAGCCAGAGUCCGGGCACCCAGAAGAACCUGCCGCAGCACCGGCAACGGAGCCAGAGUCCAAGCCGCCCGCAGCACCGGCAACGGAGCCACAGUCCAAGCCACUCGCAGCACCGGCAACAGAGCCACAAGAGCCACAGUCCAAGCCACCCGCGCCACCAGCACCGGCAAUGGAGCCGCCGCUCCAGCGGCACCCAGCACCUCGCCCCACAGCACGCAGAACCGAUCCGCAGUCCGGGCACCCAGCGCCACGCCCCACAGCACGCAGAACCGAGCCAGAGUCCAGCCACCCAGGGCGGCCAAGCAGUGCUGCUGCUGCUGCUGCUGCUGUGAAGCAGGAGCCCGAUGAGGACGACAUCGACCGAGCGGCGCUGGGCAAAUGCAGAGACCCGCCCAAGCAACUCACCAAGGCGGCCGUGGACCGCAGACUCUACAGGAUCGUGCAGCCGAGAGCAAACGGGGAGUACAAGGUCCCGAAAGACGUUAUCGACACAUACAAGGACAAGGACCGCCGACCGACUUUGAUGUCCAUGUUCGAGAAACUCGGAUAUGAUCCAAAGCUCUUCGUGAAGAAGAUCAAGCACCUCUACGAGCGGGUCCACGAAAAGUGGGUUCAAACCGAUUAUGAGUUCAUGACGGAUGCUGACAUGGAGGCAGCUGGAUGGCACACCAAGCGCACGGUCUUCCAGGAAGCCUUGGAGGGCGAAGCUGACGCAGAUGCGGAUGAUAUGAUUGAAGAGAUGGAUGAGGAUUGUGACCCAGGUGAGCACGAGGAUGAUGGCGAGGGUCAGAUGGAGGCUGAGAGUGUCUCUUCCGAGAGUGAGAACGAAGACAGAGGGAAAAUCUUGAGAUCAAUCAAGUGCCCGGACAUCGAGACUGACCAGAAGCCUUCGGAGAUUUGCAGCCGGAUGGUGAAAAGUGCACAAGCGGUUGUCAAGAAAGUGAUGCUGGAGAAGUUGAUUGAGCUGGUGGGCUCAAUCUCAGGGUACGACGAUGAGAUGCAGCAGAAGCAGCUGCGCAAGAUGUUCAUCGAUGUGAAGAGCAGGCUCAUUGAGGCCAUGUGCACCGUUGAUCGUGCCAAGCUUCUUAUCUUGAAUGGUGCCAAUGUAACUUCGGGCGAUGUUGCUGCGCAAGAUCUCUCUGUGUUCGCGGAGAUGCUUGGCGAGGGCAAGGCUCUGUGGCUACUGUCCGGUGUUUCCGCGACCUCUGUGAAGCGAGGCUACACGGCUGCGCUAGGCAAGCCACCGCCUCCUCCUAAAGAGGAUGGGGGACAGCCAGCACCCAAGAAUGCUGAGCGGGAUGCUCACCGCCUGUUUUCAAGGCUUGGUCUGUCGCUCAAGCUGCCUAUUCGCACGAAGACAUUCGCUGUGGAUGAUGGAGAGGCAGUGGAGAUGCACUACAUCCGUAUCGCUGAUUGGGUAAAGUAUCUCUUGAAGACACCCAGCCUUCUGGCUGGCGCAGGAACUGAGAAGCUGGAGUCUCAGUGCCGUGCGUUUUGGACCAUGUACAAAUGGCACCACCCAGAUCACGUUGUAUUCCACAAUGAAGACAAGCUGAGUCCAAUGGGUUGUUACGAGUACGAUGCUGAGCAGGUUACUUGUGACUGUGCUUCGGUCGUUGCGCCACUCCGCCAGGAAGUUCCCGACUGCUACGGUCCAGUGGCACAGCAGCCUGAAAGUGUUUUGGCUGCAAAGUUUGCUUCCACAGUCAAGAGGCACUCCUACUUGACUCGCCACGUCCUCUUCGGCAUACCAGACUUUGUCUACAAGGAUCAUCCAGAGAUCUAUCCUCUCAUGAUGGACCUGGUCGCUGCCGAAGCGCAAAGCCUCUUCGAAUCUGGACUAUUGAUAUCCAACAAGAGGUAUCACGUGGCGUUCAUUGGGUGCAAAGGCGACAUGAAGCACCAUGCUCAAGUCGUCUUCAACUUGAGAAGGUCCUAUGCACGGGUGACUGCAGCGGGUGACCAGGGCAUCUGCUCGAUGUGCCAAGCAGGAGAGAGUGGCUUCCCAUGGGAAGACAUCAGUUCCGACCCUUUGUGGUCCAGAACUAUGUAUGCGAGCAGACCAUGGGAUAUCGCUCCACCACUCUCCGCAGUGCCAUUCGAUGAAAGCGCACCAGAGCGCUUCAUCCGACUCGACCUUUUUCAUGUCGUGAAAGUCGGUAUCGCUCGCGACCUGGCAGGAGGCAUUGCGCUGCUGUGUCGUCUCAGCUUCUUCGAUGCUCCGGGCGACUACACCAACAUUAACGACCGACUGCACCGGGCACACGCUUCGUUCAAGCUUUGGCUGAGUGCGAACAAUGAAUCUGCUGCGCUUCGCUACUUCAGCCCUGCUUUGUUCAACCUGCAGAAGCGCCUGACAGACUUUGCUUGGACAAACACCAAGGCCUCGGACACAGUACUGCUGGUGCGGUACCUACACUGGUUCGUGUCGGUGGAGCUGACGAAUCCUUCGGAAUCUGGGAAGCAGCACCGAAAGCUGCUCCGACUGCUACAGUCGGCGACGAAGCAUCUUGGCACAGUCGCCUUAACUGAAUACUGA